GCAGCCAUCUUGCGUCCUGUUCACAAACACUGCACUCUAGUCCUUACGUAUCCGCCCUCCAAACUCUCUACCUAUCGUCUUUUACACCCGUAGCUGACGAGUUAUGAGUGGCACAGACAAAGUGCAACCAGCUGCCGCUGAAAAGAGUGCGGAACCGUCGUUGGACUGGGACCACCUGCGGAAGCUCAGUCUGCGGCCUGGCGGGUUUCGUGAGCAGAGAGUGGAACUAUGGAAGCAGCUAUUGAACAUCGAGCCUCAGCCUUUCGAGCAACUAGCGGUCAAGCGCGGCGCGGAUGCUGCGCCGACAGAUAGCUUAGAGAAGGACCUCCCACAAGCGGUGGAGCCGCACCAAGAUGAGCGACAGGUCCAGCUGGACACAGACCGCAGCUUCGUGUUGUACCCAGUAGGUGACAUGGACGAACGGAGGCGCAGACAGAAUGAACUACAUGGUCUCAUUGUGGAGGUAUUCAGGAGACGGAGAAGGCUGAGCUACUUCCAGGGAUACCAUGAUAUCGUAUCGGUACUAUACCUCACGCUACCGAGAGAAUUGCAGCUACCGGCCGCCGAAAAGCUUAGUCUCCAACGGCUACGAGAUGCUAUGGGUUCUGGCUUAGAACCUGUGAUUGGUCUGCUACGAGCCUUGCAACGCGUCCUUCAGGAAGCCGAUUCUGAAUACGCUAGAAUGCUUGAAAAUGCAACGCCGCUGCCGUACUUCGCGCUGUCCAACCUGCUGACUUUGUUCUCACACGACAUGCCGACCCUACCUCUCAUCCAGCAUGUCUUCGAUUACCUCUUGGCUAGGCCACCAGUAGCAAUUGUCUAUUUAGCAGCUGCAGUGUUGUUAUCACGAAAAGAAGAAGUACGACGUCUGGAAGAGGAGGGCGAAGAAGGGAUGAUACAUUCGCUUUUGAGCAGCCUUCCAGACAUAUACGAUGAGAACGACGGCGCCGACCCACCCUGGGACACAGCAAAGGAGGGUACUCAGGCAGUGAGCGACGAGCCUUCCGUCAGUGGUCGUGUGGCGGACCCAGAAGCUGCAACCCUACUAGAAGAGCCACAAGUCGACGUGCAGAACGACCAUGAGCAGAUGUCAAAGUCAGCUGAGCCCAGCAAGCUCGUCGCCUCUCACCCGGGUGUUUCUGACUCAAUAGACACGGUCGGUUCACCUCCGACAAGGAGCGAGCCAGACGAGUCUGUUACCUCACAACCAGACGACUCUACACUUGUCAAUGACUCUUCGUCUCCUAGUGAAGCGGAGACGAGCUUGCCUGCAGUUCCAGAGGAAGAUCAUACUCUGGUUUUCGACGAGAGCAAGAAGUUAGGGCACACCCACGAUGCCUCGACUGAGACAGCCGGAUCUUUCCAGACUGCCCCCGAGGACAAAGUUCUUUCAGGGCCGCCGUUUCCAGCCACUGACGACUCGCCUCCCGUGUCGCCCCUGGAAGACAGCUUCCGGCGGCCAAAGAUACACAUUACGAGUCUCUUAGAAAGCGCCGACGAGCUCUUCACUCGCUUCCCUCCCACAGAUCCGUCAGUGAACCUACCGUCUAUCAUGGGACCGCAGAGCGUCAUGCUCACAUGGUCAGAAGACCUUGCGCGGCUGCCUCGCGAUGAUGACGCAGAGUUGAUGGUCCUGCAGCCACAUCUGGUCGUCCUCCAGCUGCCUGAGGAGCAUGACGAGAAGGAAGAAGACAGGGAGUCUGACGAGGUGCACGACCGGAAGCGCAAGCGGAGGAAGCUGCACAAGCCUAAGCGCAUGAAGAUGCUUAGCAAACCAACGGUCGUCGGCGCGGUACUUGUGGUCGGUGUCGCGGUGGCUGUAUCAUAUGGCUUGCAGGUAGCGCCAGGGCGUCAUCCACACAUGAGGGAGCUAAAGAACCUUGGGAGACUCACGGGCGGCGUGUUGGUGAGCUUCGGUGGACGGUUGUUGGAUGGACUGGUGGCGAUGGGCGGAUGACCUGCAUUGCAUGUAUCGGUAACGAGCUUGCGAACGCGUGUAUUUACGCCUCGC